AAUACAGUCGACGUUUUUUUUCAGUUUGAAUUUGAAAACCAACGCGCGAUUACGUUUCAAAAAAAUGUCACAAAUUGCAUCAAACUCUGUUCGAGACAAACCGACGUCCAUUUUAAUUUUUACUCUCAUAAUUCUGAACGUCCCUCUUCUGACGUCAGGGAUACCAACAGAUAUCCCAGUCGCUUAUGAAAAUGUCAAACAAUUGAUACAGCCAGCAGAGUCAUCCUCAUACUGGGGUUUGGGUGAAAUGAUUUCAUACGGCGUGAAAUCCGUUCAAAAUGUCAUUAAAUUCGUGAUAGGUGUAAAUGACCCGCCUCCACGUGAAUUCCUCCUCGUUCGCAUCAGAGAUAAGAAAAAUCCGGCUAAAUACAGAGACGUUUGGCGAGAACGUGGACAGGAGGGAAAAGAUAACGAUAUUCCAAUCGAUGGUGGUAAAUUACCCGAGAACUCUUCGGUUGUGAACUCGGAAAACCCUGAGACUGAAUUCGAGUCAACUCCAGAAUCAACUUCUUCAUUGGACCCCUCGACAAGUGCUGCACCUGAGAAAGACGCGCCAGUUGCUGAAAAAAGACCUAAAAACAAAAACAGUGACUCAUCGAUAAAAGUUACAGAUGGUGAAAAUAAAGACGAUGUUCCUUCUACAAAUUCUGCAGGUGAGAAAAAUGCAAUUGUAAAGCCACCUUCACCUUCUGUUGAAACACAAGUCCCUCCUAAAGGAUUGAUUGAGAACGAUGAAUCGGUUCCCAUCGUCUCAUCUGAAAACACUCCAUCGGAACAGGGCCCAAAACACACCAAAUCAGAAAAAGUGCCACAAGUUGGUCAAACCGAUGAUGAUCUCAGCAUAGAUCAAGAUCAUUCGAAAAAAGGUGCAUCAUGGAAUUCUGAUUUCACUCAUUCAGAACAGAAAAACGCAGAAAUGAAAAACUUGCUAGAGCAGUUACCCAACGUAGGAGAAUUAUUAACACCUUUGUUGGAAAAAAUUGAUCAUCAGCCAUCCGGAACUACGGAAUUAAAUCCGCCUAAAAUUGCCGAACCUUCAGGAGUUCAGACUUCAGAACACGUUGCAGAUGAUGAAUUUCUAGAUGAGCACGAUGGAGACGAAGGUGACAACCGGAAUUCAAAACGUCCACCAAAAAGUGAAGAAAUCCCAUCCUCAUUAGCAGAUGGGAAAGAUUCAAUUAUUCCACCUGAAUCCAACUCUUCUUCAUUUGAUCCCAACCAAUUAAUUUCGAUGAAUGAAUGUGAAGUAGAAUUUGAGAGGACCUAUUGCGAAGAAAAUCCUGCAUUUUGUCAGCAAUUCCGGUCAGAUGAAGAAUUUAUCGCGUUUGUUAAAGAAAACUCGGGUUGUUCGUCUGAAGAACCACAAAUAGCUCAUCCACCUGCAAAUAAUACUGAUCACUCAGGUGAACCUUCAUCGAGUAAUCCCAAUGAUGCAAUCCCAAUGAAUGAAUGUGAGAAAGAUUUUAGAGAAAAGCUCUGCGGUCAACAUCCAGAGUUUUGUGAGUCACAGCCUGCAGAGGUCACUGAUUAUAUCAAAGCACAUUCCGGAUGUGCAUCUGAAGAACAAGAAAUAACUCAUCCACCUGCAAAUAAUGCUGAUCAUUCAGGCGAAUCUUCAUCGAAUAAUCCAGAUGAUGUAAUCCCAAUGAAUCAAUGUGAGAAAGAUUUUAAAGAAAAGCUCUGCAGUCAACAUCCAGAGUUUUGUGAGUCACAGCCUGCAGAGGUCACUGAUUAUAUCAAAGCACAUUCCGGAUGUGCAUCUGAAGAACCACAAAUAACUCAUCCACCUGCAGAUAACGCUGAUCACUCAGGGGAGUCUCCAUCGAAUAAUCCCAAUGAUGUAAUCCCAAUGAACGAAUGUGAGAAAGAUUUUAAAGAAAAGCUCUGCAGUCAACAUCCAGAAUUUUGCGAGUCACAGCCCAAAGAGGUCAUUGAUUAUAUCAAAACACACUCCGGAUGUUCACCCGAAAAAGAAAUCACUCAUCCAUCACCUGCACAUAAUCAUGAUCACUCAGUAAAAUCAUCAUCAGAUGAUCUUAGUGAUCCUAUUUCAAUGAAUCAAUGCGAAAAGAUCUUCAAAGAAAACUUUUGCGGAGCAAAUCCAGAAUUUUGUGACAAUUCGCAUUCGAAAGAACUCACUGAUUUCAUCAAAGCAUAUUCCGGAUGUUUACCCGAAAAAGAAAUAACUCAUCCAUCACCUGCACAUAAUCCUGAUCAUUCGGCAAAAUCACCAUCAAACAAUCCCAAUAACCUCAUCUCGAUGAACGAAUGCGAGGAGGACUUUAAAGUAAAACUCUGCAAAUCACAUCCAGAUUAUUGUGAAGAUCCACAAUCUGAAGAUCUCAUCGAAUACAUCAAAACAAAUUCCGGAUGUUCAUCAGAAGAACAACAAAUACCUGAUCCGGUUGAAGAUCAUCCAGAUCACUCAGCCAAAUCAUCACCAUAUAAUCCGAAUGAUCUUAUCUCUAUGAACGAAUGCGAAACAGAUUAUGAAAAGAGGCUCUGCAGGGAAGACCCUAAAUUUUGCAAAGAAUUCAAAUCAAAAGAAGAUUUCAUCGAAUAUGUCAAAAUAUAUUCCGGAUGUGCGCCCGAAGGACAGGAAAAUGAUCCAAAUGAUGCUGUAGAUCAUGGUGCAGUAGAGGAGGAUAUUUCAUACAAAGAUGAUCAGCCACAUAAUCUAGAAUCCUUUGGAAAUGUUGAUGACACUGAUGCAAUUAAUGAUAAUCUCAACGAUGAAUCUUUGAAUUUUCAUCCUGAACCUACUCCAACAAUUACAAAGAAAAAAAGUAAUAACAAGAAGAAAUCAAAAAGUUCAAAAACCAAGAAACGUUCCACAGAGACCUCUUAAAUUUUAAAUUACCAGUUUUGAAUUUUCAUUUUUCAACUUUCAACUUGAACUAAAACUGAUUUCGAAUAACUUUUAAGGUAUUGACUAGAAAAAGCAAUCAAUUUCUGUGUUUUAUUUUUUAUUUUUGUAAUAUUCAAAUUAUUGUUUAUAGUGUAAAAACGAGGACUCUCCUUGAUACUUCCAAGGAAGGGAUUGCCCAAGUUGUGCACAAGAUAAGCUCAGGGUACAUAUAAA